CUAGACCAUGUAUGUUGGUCAUUCCAGGCUCUUAUUGAAGCAAGCUAACCAUUUCAAACAUCUCAACCUUUCCAAGGUGCCUAGACGGUGACUAUGGCCCUGGUGGUGUACUGGUACGAUUUCAUUUGUUUUGGCAUUGUUGCUGCUUCCUUUGUUGGCUCUUUAUGGGUGCUAUGGAGGAAGGAGCUUGCCCCAAAAUACGACUCCAACACCAUCUAUGAAAGCCUCCUUGUUGCUGCUCCACCAGACACCGAUGGUUUCGUACAUGCUAUGCCUAUAAAUCAUGUUGGAUCCUCCCAACUAUGGAGCAGUUGCUGGAAAGGGUUUCAUCCAGGAUGGCUCUUAGCCACUCGUUUCAUCUCCUUUCUGGUCAUGGCUGGAUUUCUAAUGUGGGAUAUCAAGGAAUGGAAUGCUACCAUCUUCAUGUAUUACACCGAGUGGACAUUUGCAUUAGUUAUGGUAUAUUUUGCGCUUGCCACUGUCACAUCUGGAUAUGGGUGCUGGACGUCAUCAUUGCAAAUUCCCUCUGAAAAUUUGGAAACUGACGAGUUCUUGAGAACAGAUGUGGAAGAUAAUGGAACUACAAGCUCUGCAACUUUCAGGGAAAAAGCAAUGAAGGGAACUAUCAAGUUGCAAAGUCACUAUGUAGAAGAGACAAUUAGGCUGAGAGCUGGACUUUGGGGAUAUCUUAUGCAAACUAUUUAUCAGACUUGUGCAGGUGCUGUCAUCCUAACAGACGUAAUAUUUUGGUGUAUUAUUGUCCCAUUUGCAUCAAAUGCACACCUUGGACUCAAUGUGCUGAUGGGUUGCAUGCACACUUUGAAUGCUGCUUUUCUUUUGCUGGAUACUGCUCUAAACAGCCUUCCAUUCCCUUGGUUCCGGCUUGCAUAUUUUGUGCAGUGGAGUUGCCUUUAUGUUGUUUUUCAAUGGGUGAUUCAUGCCUGUGGUUUUACAUGGUGGCCUUAUCCAUUCCUGGAGCUUGAUAUUGCGUGGGCUCCUUUAUGGUAUUUUGCCUUGGCUGUGGUUCACGUCCCCUGUUAUGGGAUAUAUGCACUGAUUGUGAAAGCAAAAAACUCAAUUUUUCCCAGAUGGUUUCCUGGUACUUUUGUCAGGUCAUACUAAUUUGUUGUUUCAUGAAACUGGGUACUAUUAUUGGUGGUUUUAAUUUUGAUUGCAUGCCUCUGUAUAAAAAAGGAGGGUAUGCUCAUCCACCCCUUUCAGAA